AGACACCAACAAACCAAACAUGUCAAUUGCAAAUGAAAAAAGAGCUCUCUUAUAAUUAGCAAGACCAUUUAUCAGUCUCCCCUCUUAACCUAACACUACAGUGUCUCUCCUUGCCCACAAACAUGAAGCCCGCUCAAGUGUAACGACCUUCACACUGCCUCUCUAUUUCUUGUUAGUGUAACAAAUGUGCGAACGGAUACCGCACGCGACCUGCGUAUGAUGUAUGCACAGUACACAGCUGGGGAAUCCACUGUCAUUUUCUCAAUCUGCGUGCUGGAGAUUAUCUGACUUCAAGUGAAAUACGUGUCAGAUUUAUGAUCAAUCUACAUCAUCCAUAGUUGAGAAUUGGUGGUUAGAUGCUCCCACUACGGUACAUUGUACCGUUGUCUGGAAGUUAUACUUUCCCAUUAAAGAAAUGUACAAGAAUGAACUCAAUUUUCUGUCCUUUUCAUGCAGGUUGAUGAAAGAAGUGACUAACAGUGAUCCUUGAGGUCCUGAGAGCAAAACAAUGGCUGCAAUCUCUUGGGCAGCUUUCGACAUAGAUAACUACUAGGGAAUCAUUUGUGUUCUGAAACAAAGGCUUGUUUCUUCAUUUGAAUGACAGAUUUUCCCUUUCCUCUUUGUGGUUUGGGAGCCGAUUUCUCUUUAUACUACCCAAGUGACACCUCUCUCUGUUUCCGCAGACUGGUGGAGAUAAAAAAGAAAGGGUGGCGACAAUCAUAUAAGGUGUUGGCCCUUCUAGAGUACCUUAUCACCCAUGGUCCCAGAAGCGUUGCUCAGGAUUUCCAAGAAGACAGAGCUGCUAUUCAACAAAUAGCCCAUUUUCAAAAAAGGUCUACAGUGAAAAUUAAGGUGGAGAGAAUUUUGCAACUACGUGGAAAGAAUUACAAGCUUCUUGAGCAGGAAAGGGAUCAAGCACGCGAAAUCUCUCGAAAGAUUACAGGCUUUGGGAACAUAAUGCACACGAAAAGAUCAGAUGGGAGCUGGGGCUCUAAAUUUCCCUUGUUCCUGCAUGAUUGCUUUGGUGAUCGUGGUGAUGAUUAUGAUGAAGUUGACUACUACUAUAUAUCUUCCAGGAAAGAGCCCACUAGAACUCUUCCCACUACAAACCAACAAAAAUGGUUGUGCUGGACUCCAACAAGAAAACUAUAGUGGUAAUGGCAGGUUCUCUAACCAAAAACGAUCUAGUUCUAUCAAAUUCUUUGAUGCCAGGAACUAUAGUGAAUUCAAGAAUUGAUGCAAUCAACCAUUAGAUUUUGGCCCUAAGAGCUAACCAAUCAAGCAAAGAAUUUCUGAUCUUUGAACAUGCACCCUUCACAAUGCACACACAUUGGUGCAGAGAGAUAGAGAGAGAGAGAUAUUGUAAGUGAACCCCAAGCUCAAGAAAACAGGGUCCAAGAAGACAUUGGAAGCUCCUCUUUCAUUGCUUAGUGAAUUAUAUUUGCCCUGUGGUUUUUCCAUUUUGAGAAAGCCCUUUCUUGCUCUAUUGUUCUACGGUUUGCUUCCCUAUCAUUAUCUUGCAUUCUUUGUAAUGGUUUUUUGUGAUUGGUCUGCCCUCUUUUUGAACUUCGAUAUAUUUCAUGGAUAGAUUGAAAGGCUAAGUUCCCAACAACCGGUAUUUAGAGAUUUU